UUUACUUUUUCUUCGCAAAUGAAUUGAAAUAUUAUCAUUUGUAAUCGUUAAAUUAUUUGAACAAAUUAUUGCCAUUAAAAGAAUGAAAAACAUAACUAAUUUACUAAUAUUAAAAAAAAUAUUUUAAUUAGAUCAUUUACUAAGGAAGGUCUAAGCCGGAGGCUGAUCAAACAAAUUUAUUAAUGAAUCAGUCUUUAUAGGUAUUUUGUACUGGUUAACAAAACAAAGUAGACCUAAUAAUAAAUAAAUAAAUCAUGAUUCGAUUUUUAUACAUUGUUAAUAAACAAGGUCAACUUCGAGUAUGCAGAUAUUUUGAAUAUGUUCCUGACAAGAAGAGAAGUAGUUUGCACACAUCUGUUGUUAGAAACUGUCUAAACAGAAAUGAUAAACAGUGUACAUUCUUUGAAUAUGAGGAUUUCACCGUUGUUUACAGAAAAUAUGUAAAUCUGUAUUUCAUUGCUGGAAUAACAAAAGAAGAGAAUGAACUGGCGGUGAUCGAGCUUAUUCACAACUUUGUGGAGACACUGAAUCAGUACUUUGGAAAAGUUUCUGAGCUGGAUAUAAUGUACAACCAGGACAGAGUGUACAUGCUGAUUGACGACAUGCUGUUAAAUGGACAAGCAGCUGAAACCAGCAGAACCAGAGCUCUUGUUCCUCUCCAGCUGCUCGAUACAGCCAAGAAGUGACGUUCUGUCAUCUCCAUUGGUCUUUGUCAGUUUUGCCGUGUCAUCUAGUGGCUAUAUUAACAUGGAGAUGAUGUCUCUCCAUUGGUGAGGCACCAUCAUUCCUGCUUCAAUACAGCUAAACGGCAAUGUCCUCGUGCAUUUUUGUUCUCCAUUGGUGAGGCACCAUCAUUCCUGCUUGAUACAGCUAAACGGCAAUGUCCUCGUGCAUUUUUGUUCUCCAUUGGUGAGGCACCAUCAUUCCUGCUUGAUACAGCUAAACGGCAAUGUCCUCGUGCAUUUUUGUUCUCCAUUGGUGAGGCACCAUCAUUCCUGCUUCAAUACAGCUAAACGGCAAUGUCCUCGUGCAUUUUUGUUCUCCAUUGGUGAGGCACCAUCAUUCCUGCUUCAAUACAGCUAAACGGCAAUGUCCUCGUGCAUUUUUGUUCUCCAUUGGUGAGGCACCAUCAUUCCUGCUUCAAUACAGCUAAACGGCAAUGUCCUUGUGCAUUUUUGUUUUCCAUUGGUGAGGCACCAUCAUUCCUGCUUCAAUACAGCUAAACGGCAAUGUCCUUGUGCAUUUUUGUUCUCCAUUGGUGAGGCACCAUCAUUCCUGCUUCAAUACAGCUAAACGGCAAUGUCCUCGUGCAUUUUUGUUUUCCAUUGGUGAGGCACCAUCAUUCCUGCUUGAAUACAGCUAAAGGGCGAUGUCCUCGUGCAUUUUUGUUCUCCAUUGGUGAGGCACCAUCAUUCCUGCUUCAAUACAGCUAAACGGCAAUGUCCUCGUGCAUUUUUGUUCUCCAUUGGUGAGGCACCAUCAUUCCUGCUUCAAUACAGCUAAACGGGCAAUGCCCUCGUGCAUUGUUGUUCAGCAUGAAAAAAUGUAGCAGGUUUCCUCUGAUGACUACGAGUCAGAAUUACCAAAUGUUUGAUAUCCAAUAGCCGAUGAUUAAUUAAUCAGUAUGCUCAAGUGGUGUCAUUAAACAAAACAAACUUCUGAAGAUGAUUGAAGUGGAUGAUCAUGUACCAAAGAAAUGAUGUUCCAGUCAUUGGACAGACUUGCCAUUUCUGACAAUGCAUUACAAGCAACUGAAAAUUGUGUGAACAAUAGUUUUAUUUGGUUGUCACUCAUGUACCAUCAUUCCAGAAUGUGCAUUGUUGAUCUGCAUAGGAAGAUCAUUCAGGUGGGAGAUCACGUGGAUUUGGAUGUGGUAAAAAAGUGAUUUUUCUGUUGGUGGACAGACUUGCCAUUUCAGACAAAGCAUAAAAAAUCAUAGGCAACUGAAAAUUGCAUGAACAGUAGUUUCAUUUCAAUUGUCGCUCAUGCAAGUCUAGUUUUGCAUGAUCCAUAUUUUUAUGCACACAUUAAAUUUAGGACAUCAGUUAUAUGGGUUAUAUAACAGAUUACAGAAAAUGAAAAGGGUUGCCUAAAUAUUUAUUUGAGGAAACAUAUAAAUGGCUUAAGUAUGUUUUAAUUCACAGAGGCCAAUACCAGAUAUCAUAUGUGUAAUCUUGUCUUGGAAAGUGCAUAUAUAAAAUAAAAAAACCUCCUUGCUUGUUAUCCAUAUUAAAAGUGGCCUUUAUAAUAGCAGCUAGUUUUUUCUCACAUUUUCUUGACCAAGUGUCACAAUUACUGUAUGGUAUUAAAGAAAAACCUUUUGUUUCUUUAUGAUAAACAAGAUAUGAAAGCAGAGAUCGUUUGAUGUCUAAAACACAUUACUAGUUUGUCAGUAUUUGUUAAUAGCCAGCAUCUGGACAAGUUGGGUGUUGGGUGUGGGGUGAAGACCGUCGAGGGGGUUGUGGCCCAAUGGUAGAUUGCUCACCUGAGAUAUCAUGAUUGACAGGAUCAAUUUCCCUCAGUGAACCAGCCCCUUUUUCCCAUUCAAGUCCGUGUCCCCUGACUGGACCAUCAAAUGCAGUGGUGUGUGCGUUUUGUGGGGGUGGGGGUGGGGGAGGACUGCAUAUCCGUAGGAGUCGCCUUUAUGGAGACAACUGAUUUGCUCUCUCGAGCCAAAUGUCGAAAUAGCCACAUUUAGACACCAUAAUAAGUAUAGCCGACUUUAAAUUGUAUCUUUCAACAAACAUUGCUUUUCUGAACCAUCGGCUUUACAUGCUGAUAAUAAAAUGAUUCAUUGGUUCAUCAUUUCAACUUAUUUCCGUGCUUAUAUCCAAUUAUUAAGGACGCUGUCCUGGGCACACACUUCAACUGUCUGGGCUGUUUGUCCAGAACAGUGGAUUAGCGGUUAGUGGUUAGUGAAAGAGAAGUCUGUGUAGUGGUCUUACACCUACACAUUGAGUCGUUAAAACUCACUCUGCGAACCCAGUAACUAUCAGCCUUAUGUCCGAUGGCUUAACCACGACACCACCGGGGCCAGUAAAACAUGAUGGUAAACGGCAAAUAAAAUGUGACUUGUUCUAUGAUGUGAUAUGACUACAACUAUCUGUUUAACAUUACUUGUUAAAGAGGCUGAUGUUCUCAUCACAAAUCUGUUGUUAUCGGUUAGACUUGUUUCAAAGUAAAUAUAUUGAUAAGUUUGUGAUGCAUAAAAUUCGAAAUUUGCAGUAAGUCCACAACAUCUUAAUACGAAAUAUGACAGAGACGUGACUUUUUUCUUGUUCGAAACCCUAUGUCCUGAAGGAUUCUGUCAAACCGUCGCAGUAACUCACUCUGAGCAAGACUGAUCAGCGACCUGUAAGGCCACCGCACCAACUUCUCUCUCACUUAAACUAAUCACUAAUCUUUAACUCCUGUUAGGAACAGACGACGCAAGUAGUUAUGGCUUGUGUCCAGGACAAAAUGUUUGAAUCUUUCACAGAAGCACGACAAUCAAAGUAAAAUGAAAAUGAAGCAUUUAAGUUGGAAGUGGUUGAAUCCGAAUUCAUCUGGCUAAACUGGUUGGAAUUGGUUUGUCUAUGACUGACAUUGCUACAUCAUAGAUACGUUUUUGUUAUUUGUCUCAUUGGUAACCAUCUAGUGUUUUUAAAGUGCUUUUAUAUUCUACUGACGACGAUUGUAAUGAAGUUGUGACAUACAAGAAUGGACCGUAAUAUAGGCUUAUGGCUUGUUGAACAAUUCCAUCAGCAAACGCAUUUGACGCAAAUAAAAUAGUUUUAAAAGUAAAUGAUGUUUUAUAUGUGUGGUGACUUACAGUAACGACUAUCACUAGCUUCUCGGAAAAUGUUUAUAUUUUGAUACUCUGUAAAAGUUAUAACAUUGUUAUAUAGGGUUGUCAGGGCGUUCGAAAAGGUGUACAUAAAGAAACCGGAAAUACGUUGCUGCGUUCUGGAACGGGUAACAGUGCGUCAAACGUAUAAAAUGUCAUUUACAAAUUGUAUGCAAACGUGUACUCAGAUGGGGUUUUAAAGUAAGUAUAUAUUUAUGCGAUAUUUCAGGCCUAGAAUAUUUCAAGAAUGUGAACAGAUCGAGAAUUUAACUUGUUUUUGUAAUAUAAUUGUAUGUGCAAAACGUGAGAUAGUACAAACUAUACAAAUAA